AUGCCAAAUGUUAGGUGGAAUGGGGAAUCCAAGGACACUAUGAUUCCAUUCCCCUCCCUUAAAAAAGACAAGCGCCCUGCCGCAGCUGCUCCAGUCAAACCAAUCAUUGCCCCUACCCCUGUCUUAGCCUCAAGCGCCAAAGGUCCAGGCCACAUGGAUCUUGAUGGAAAAGGCUUUGCAAGCGUCACAUGUCAUGUGUGCGGUGGUAAAGGACAUUUUGUGCGCAGUUGCCCCUCCAAGCCCAUGUCUGGACAUGUGGCUAAUGUUGAAUGGUCUUGGGAAAGGCCCAAGGAGGAGAAUUGCAUUGAAGUGGUCUCUGAUGAGGAGGAAUUGGGAAAAGGGAAAGCCAAGGCUGACUAA